CGGAAGUCGUCGGUAACCCCGUGUCCUCCGGACGGUCUCGUAUUUUCCAUGAGCUUGUCAGUUGUGUUAUCGUUGGGCUUCAGUAAACAAAACAGCCCCAGCCUCCAUUUAGGACUAGCCUGAUUAUUUAUUUAUUUUUUGUUUAAAUAUUCUUUGUUGGUCAGUGAACUUUCUCUUUACAAUGUCUUCGCCGCUGGAAAUGACAGAGUUGUACGAUAACGCGCUGCUGGGAAUCCUGCAGCAUGUUGGAAACAUUCAGAAUUUUCUUCAGAUCUAUUUCGGCUUUUUGUACAGAAAAACAGACUUCUAUCGGCUCCUGCUCAGCCCCAAUGACAAAAUGGGCUUCCCACCUGGAGUGGCAGAAAAAAUGGUCCUAAAGACCUUUAAGUUGUUCGAGAAGCUGGCAGUGCAGGACAGAGAGAGGGCGAUGAAGCUAACUGAAGAAGCCCAAGCUGUUCCUGCUGCAGUGGAGGAAAUCGAAGUUCAAUCACAGUUAGAAGUUGCAGGACCUGCAGAACCCACACAGGAAUCCAUGUCUGCUGGAGCUUCAUCCACAGAGCCGGUACCUGCAGCUGCAGCAUCUGCAGAGGGCAAUGAAGCUAAAAUAGAAUCUGCAGAGAGCGAACAGCCAACAGCAGCGCAUGCGUCUCCACAACCUGAGGCAUCUGCGUCCGCACCGGCGGCUGCUUCGGAUGCUUGUGAAGCUGCGCCUGGCCAUACCAGUUUCCAGGCAAACUCAGAUAGCUACAACGGUGCUGUCAGAGAAACCUACAGCUGGUCACAGGACUACUCUGAUGUGGAAGUUCGUGUUUUUGUGCCGCCGAGCAUCGUCAAGGGCAGACAGGUGUCCGUCAGUCUUCAGUCUGGUGGCGUGCGUGUGGCGGUGAAGGAGGGGGCGUCAGAAAACGUCCUGAUGGAAGGCGAGUUUACACACAAAAUCAACACGGAGAAUUCUCUGUGGAGUCUGGAACCAGGCCGCUGUGUACUGCUGUCUCUGAGUAAAUCCGGGGAAGUGUGGUGGACCGCAGUGCUGAAAGGCGAGCAAGAAAUCGACGUAAACCAGAUCAACCGAGAGCGAUCCAUGGCCACCGUGGGCGAGGAGGAGCACGCAGUGUUAGACCGGCUCACCUUUGACUACCAACAGAAACUGCAAGGAAAGCCCCAGAGCCACGAGCUGAAAGUACACGAAAUGCUGAAGAAGGGCUGGGAUGCCGAGGGAUCGCCAUUCAGAGGCCAGCAGUUUGAUCCGUCCAUGUUUGACAUAACGCCAAGCGCCGUUCAGUUUUAAAGCAAAGAGUCUUUGGUAGAUGCUGCGAGAGAGAAACCAAAAAACAUCUGUCUGCAUCGUAUCAUCAUAUAUACACUGAAGUGUCAAGCACUGACAACUGUGGCGUUUACAGUAUGAUGGACAACAUGACAGCACUGCAGAAUUUGAAUCGCUAAAGCUGUAAAAGAUCAGUUUCACAAAUGGCAUGAGGAUUCAUUCAGAUCUGGAGAUAUCUUACUUUAUUUUUAUUUCAGUGCUGUUGCAGUAAAUACAUCACCUACUCACAUGCCAUAUGGAUUAUACCUUUCUGUUGGUGCUUGGUAAAAUAUAGGACUGCAGUAAGUCUAUUAUACAACUUCAGAAGAUUCUAGAAUAAUUCAACAUCAUAAUACUGAAAGAUAUUACAGGGGAUUGGGUAUAUAAUAUAUAAUGUCAUCCAGCAGUUCUGCACAUCACCAUAUGUUCUUGAGCCUUGUCGAGUGUUUGUCAGGUUUAGGAGUUCAAUGGAUUUUCUGACUAUUUUUUCAGUUUCUUUCAUUCAGUGUUUUGAUUUUAUGUGCCUGAAUUUAAUAAAAUACAUUA